AUGAAGCUGAGAUUUAAUGGAGCAAGCGUUGCAAGGCUCAACAAUAGCGAACUAGCAGUAAGCAAAGAAGCAAUCGAGGGCAGUAGGAUAGAAACGAUUGGAGAUGUGCUGAGGUAUUUGUGUAGCACCGAUGCAGAUGCAAGAAGCAGCUUCUUUGAUCGCCAUGGCGAACUGGUGCAUGGAACAAUCUGCAUUAUCAACAAGAUGGAUUGGGAAAUCAUGCAAAGAGAAAAAACACCAGCCGUGCAUGGAGACGAGAUUGUGCUUAUCUCCACGAUUCAUGGCGGCUGA